AUGUCUGACACGAAGAUUAAAGAAUUAAUUAAACUACGCGGCAGCGUUAAAGGAAAGCUUACCAUAUUUCAAAAUUUUCUUAAUAGCAUAGAUAGCGAUAGGUUAACUGAAAACCAGUAUAACGAUCUUGAAUCUCGGUUAAAUAAAUUAGAUUCGCUAAACACUGAAUACGAUAAGUUUCAGAUGGAGCUGGAGUUAUUAUCCGAAGAUUCAACACAAUUAUUUCAAGAACGUGAAGAGUUCGAUACAAAAUAUUUCUCACUUGUGGGAUCAGCGCGUACGCUUUUAAAUAAAUGGAGUCGAGAGAGCAGGCGUAUGCUUUCCGUUUCCGAAUCCAAUGAGGGAAGCGAGCUCAGAAAUCGGGACGCACUGCGUGAUUUCGUCAGGCUACCUAAAAUCAAUCUUCCUACCUUCGACGGCGACUUUCAGCACUGGCUCACAUUUCGAGAUACGUAUAUUUCUCUUAUUCACACGAAUAUCACAAUAGGUGAAAUCAAUAAAUUUCAUUAUUUAAAAGCAUCUUUGAAAGGCAGCGUCUUAAAUAUGAUACAAAAUUUAGAAUUAACUUCUAAAAAUUAUGCGAUUGCCUGGCAGCUUUUGUCUAGUAGAUUUGAUAAUGAGAGACUUUUAGUGAAUAACCAUGUUAAUGCAAUUUUAAAUUUUACUGCUAUUGCACAAGAGUCUUGCCAAGCUAUAAGAAAAUUAAUUGACACUAUUAAUAAAAAUUUAGCUGCUUUAAAUACCCUUGGCCAACCCACUGACCAUUGGGACACAUUAAUUAUACAUAUAAUGAUCAAAAAAUUAGAUACUGUCACAUUUCGAGAAUGGGAAGAAAAACGAAACUCAAUUACAACUUCACCUAGCCUCAAACAAUUCUUAGAUUUUCUUACAAACAGAGCAGACUUAUUAGAUGCAAUACAACAAGAUGAAAAGCAAAGACAGCUUACAACAUACAAAAUUCAUUCAGACACACAAAAUUCACAAUACACACACAAAGUCGAAAUAAAAUCAAAAAACACAAAUUACAAUAAAAUAAAAAAUUCAGACACAAAGGUAAUUUCAUGUCCAAUGUGUAAUCAAAAUCAUUUCUUAUUUGCUUGUCCUGAGUUUAGAAAUCUUGAUAUUGAUUCUCGCAUUAUAAAAAUGCAAAGCUUUAAUAAUAUAUGCAAUAACUGCCUCAGGCCUGGCCAUAAGGAAAAAUAUUGCAAGCUGACGCAUUGUAAAUAUUGCAAUAUUAAACACUCUAGCCUGCUUCACAAACAUACACAGAAGCACACAGAACAAUUCAAUGAAGUUGCUUUAUCUUCUGACAUACAUUAUAUUAACAAACCCAAUAUGCUGCUUUCCACAGCCUUGGUGAACGUGGUCGGCGCAUACGGGAUACUACAUCCUGCUCGCGUUCUUCUAGACAACGGUGCAACAGCACACUAUGUCACACGUAAAUUCUGUGAAAAGCUCGGCGUCUCGCGGCGUAGCGUAAGCUCCACGGUAACAGGAAUCAAUAAUCAAUGUUCCUACAGUGCAGAGUCUUGUAACUUAUCCAUCGAGUCAUCUUCGGGUGACUAUAAGUUUUGUGUCGAAUGUUAUGUUUUACCUCAAAUAACAAAAUCGGUACCUUCCAGUAACAUUAAUAUAAAAUCCAUACGAUUGCCUCUUAAUAUCAAACUAGCCGAUCCUUCUUUUCACAUAUCCGCACCCAUAGACAUAUUGAUGGGAGCUGAUGUAUUCUGGGACGUCAUAUGUUCAAAAUCAAUUGAUUUAGGUAAACAUUAUCCUAAAUUACAGCAAACAAAACUUGGCUGGCUUGUUUCGGGCACUCUUAAUACAAAUAAAAAUUUAUCCUUAAAAAACUUAAAUCAGUCUUCUAAUUGUUUUUUCACUCAAAAUGAUGAGGCCUUACUAACACGAUUUUGGGAGUUAGAAUCGGUACAUUCUAAAUAUAAUUUAUCUUUAGAAGAACAAGCUUGUGAGAAAAGCUUCGCAGAGAACACUCGGCGCGAUAAUAACGGCCGCUUCAUUGUAACCAUACCGUUGAAAGAGUCCCCCGAGGUUCUUGGCGAGUCUUAUCACACAGCAAAAUGUCGCUUAUUGGCGCUAGAACGCAGGUUCGAACGCGAUCCUAUUUUAAAAGAGCGUUAUAUAAAUUUUAUGACUGAGUAUGAAGAGUUAGGUCACAUGACAAAUACAUCAAAACAAUUCUCUGAACUCAUUCAUACACAGAUAUAUUCUUAUUAUUUACCUCAUCAUGGGGUCAUACGCGAAUCCUCGUCAACCACAAAACUACGCGUGGUUUUCAAUGGUUCUAGCCCCACGUCAAAUAAAAAAUCAUUUAAUGAUAUUCAAAUGGUUGGACCGGUAGUCCAAGAUGAUUUGGUGCCAAUUUUAUUACGUUUCCGACAGCAUAAGUAUGUCGUAUCCGGAGAUAUUGAAAAAAUGUAUAGAGCCGUGCUUGUAGAGCCCUCUUAA